AUGGCCGCCGGCCUCGGCUGUGCUACCUUGAGCCUGAUGGAGGCCCAGUGCAAGCCCGUGGCUUCCUGGGGGCAGUCCCGCUGGACGCCGGGAACGCAGGCGUCGAGUGCCUUUCCCAGGACGCAGCUGCCCCCAGGGCCUCCCCGAGUCCCCGCACAGCGCCUUCCCACCCUGCAGGUGGAGAAGCCCAGGGCGGCAGCCGUGCCAGCCGAGAGCCCGGCGGCCGAGCGCGGCGCGGAGCUGGGCGCCGACGAGGAGCAGCCCGUCCCGUACCCGGCGCUGGCGGCCACCGUCUUCUUCUGCCUCGGGCAGACCACGCGGCCGCGCAGCUGGUGUCUCCGGCUGGUUUGUAACCCGUGGUUCGAGCACGUCAGCAUGCUGGUCAUCAUGCUCAACUGCGUGACCCUGGGAAUGUUCCGGCCCUGCGAGGACGUCGAGUGCCGGUCGGAGCGCUGCAGCAUCCUGGAGGCCUUCGACGACUUCAUCUUCGCCUUCUUUGCCGUGGAGAUGAUCAUCAAGAUGGUCGCCCUGGGGCUGUUCGGGCAGAAGUGCUACCUGGGCGACACGUGGAACAGGCUGGAUUUCUUCAUCGUCAUGGCGGGCAUGAUGGAGUACUCCCUGGACGGACACAACGUGAGCCUCUCCGCCAUCCGGACGGUGCGUGUGUUGCGGCCCCUCCGCGCCAUCAACCGUGUGCCCAGCAUGCGGAUCCUGGUCACGCUGCUGCUGGACACACUGCCCAUGCUCGGGAACGUCCUUCUGCUCUGUUUCUUUGUCUUCUUCAUCUUCGGCAUCGUGGGUGUACAGCUCUGGGCUGGUCUGCUUCGCAACCGCUGCUUCCUGGACAGCACCUUUGCCAGGAACAACAAUCUCACCUUCCUGCGGCCGUACUACCAGACAGAGGAGGGCGAAGAGAAUCCCUUUAUAUGCUCCUCGCGCCGGGACAACGGCAUGCAGAAGUGCUCGCACAUCCCCAGCCGCCGUGAGCUGCGCGUGGAGUGCACGCUGGGCUGGGAGGCCUACGGGCAGCCGCAGGCCGAGGGCGUGGCUGGCACGGGCCGCAACGCCUGCAUCAACUGGAACCAGUACUACAACGUGUGCCGCUCGGGCGGCUCCAACCCCCACAACGGCGCCAUUAACUUCGACAACAUCGGCUACGCCUGGAUCGCCAUUUUCCAGGUGAUCACGCUGGAGGGCUGGGUGGACAUCAUGUACUACGUCAUGGACGCCCACUCUUUCUACAACUUCAUCUACUUCAUUUUGCUCAUCAUCGUGGGCUCCUUCUUCAUGAUCAACCUGUGCCUGGUGGUGAUCGCCACGCAGUUCUCGGAGACCAAGCAGCGGGAGAACCAGCUCAUGCGGGAGCAGCGCGCACGCUACCUGUCUAACGACAGCACGCUGGCCAGCUUCUCAGAGCCCGGCAGCUGCUACGAGGAGCUGCUCAAGUACGUGGGCCACGUCUGCCGCAAGGUCAAGAGGCGCGGCCUGCGCCUGUACGCCCGCUGGCAGAGCCGUUGGCGCCAGAAGGUGGACCCCGGCGGCGCCCUGCACGGCCAGGGUCCCGGGCGCCGGCCGCGGCGCGCGGGCAGGCACGCGGCCUCCGUCCACCACCUGGUCUACCACCACCACCACCACCACCACCACCACUACCAUUUCAGCCACGGCAGCCCGCGCCGGCCCGGCCCCGAGGACACCAGGCUGGUGCGGGCCGGGGCGCUGCCGUCGCCGCCCUCGCCGGGCCGCGGGCCCCCCGAUGCCGAGUCAGUGCACAGCGUGUACCACGCGGACUGCCACGUGGAGGGGCCGCAGGAGAGGGCCCGGGUGGCGCACACCGCGGCCGCCGCCGGCCUCAAACUGGCCACGGGGCUGGGGGCCAUGAACUACCCCACCAUCCUGCCCUCGUCGGUGGGCGGCAACAGAGGCGGCACCGGCCUCGGGCCCAAGGGGAAGCGGGCCGGCGGGCCUCCGGGCGCCGGAGAGCACAGCCCCCUGAGCCUGAGGGGCCCUGAUCCCUAUGAGAAGAUCCAGCAUCUGGUCGGGGAGCACGGACUGGGCCGGGCCCCCAGCCGCCUGUCGGGCCUGAGUGUGCCCUGCCCCCUGCCCAGCCCCCAGGCGGGCACGCUGACCUGUGAACUGAAGAGCUGCCCGUACUGUGCCAGCGCGCCGGAGGACCCUGACUUUGAGCUCAGCGACUCCGAGAGCGGGGGCUCGGAAGGCAACGGGGUCUACGAGUUCACGCAGGACGUGCGGCACGGGGACCGCCGUGACCCCAUGCGGCCCCCCGCGGCGGCGGACGCGCCAGGCCAGGGCAGCGCGCGGCAGCGGGCGCGGCGGCGGGUGGCCCCGGGCGAGCAGGGCCGCAUCUGGGCCGCCUUCGGUGGCAAACUGCGCCGGAUCGUGGAUAGCAAGUACUUCAACCGCGGCAUCAUGGUGGCCAUCCUCACCAACACGCUGAGCAUGGGCGUCGAAUACCACGAGCAGCCUGACGAGCUGACCAACGCCCUGGAGAUCAGCAACAUCGUGUUCACCAGUGUGUUCGCCCUGGAGAUGCUGCUGAAGCUGCUAGCCUGCGGCCCGCUGGGCUACAUCCGGAACCCCUACAACAUCUUCGACGGCAUCAUCGUGGUCAUCAGCGUCUGGGAGAUCGUCGGGCAGGCGGACGGCGGCCUGUCGGUGCUGCGAACCUUCCGGCUGCUGCGGGUGCUCAAGCUGGUGCGCUUCAUGCCCGCGCUGCGGCGCCAGCUGGUGGUGCUCAUGAAGACCAUGGACAACGUGGCCACCUUCUGCAUGUUGCUCAUGCUCUUCAUCUUCAUUUUCAGCAUCCUGGGCAUGCACCUCUUUGGGUGCAAAUUCAGCCUGACAACGGACACCGGAGACACGGUCCCCGACAGGAAGAACUUUGACUCCCUGCUGUGGGCCAUCGUCACCGUGUUCCAGAUCCUCACCCAGGAGGACUGGAACGUUGUCCUCUACAACGGCAUGGCCUCCACCUCCUCCUGGGCGGCCCUCUACUUCGUGGCACUGAUGACCUUCGGCAACUAUGUACUCUUCAACCUCCUGGUGGCCAUCCUGGUGGAGGGCUUUCAGGCAGAGGGUGACGCCAACAGAUCCGACACGGACGAGGACAAGACAUCCGCCCACUUGGAGGAGGACUUUGACAAGUUCCCAGACUCCCGGGCCACGGAGGUGAAGAUGUACCCACUGGCAGUGACUCCCAACGGGCACCUGGAGGGCCGAGGCAGCCUGCCCCCUCCCCUCAUCAUGCGCACAGCGGCCACGCCCAUGCCCACCCCCAAGAGCUCCCCACACUUGGACCCGGCCCCCGGCCUCCUGGAGUCGAGGCGCGGCAGCAGCGGCUCUGUGGACCCCCAGCUGGGCGACCAGAAGUCACUGUCCAGCCUCCGAAGCUCGCCCUGCGCCCACUGGGGCCCCAACAGUGCCUGGAGCAGCCGGCGCUCGAGCUGGAACAGCCUGGGCCGCGCACCCAGCCUCAAGCGCCGGAGCCAGUGCGGGGAGCGGGAGUCGCUGCUGUCCGGGGAGGGCAAGGGGAGCACGGAUGAGGAGGCAGAGGACGGCAGGCCGGGGGCGGGGGCCUCGCCGGGGACGCGUACCGUCCCGCUGCGCCGUGCCGAGUCCCUGGACCACCGCAGCACGCUGGACCUGCGGCCCCCGCGGCCAGCCGCGCUGCUGCCCAGCAAGUUCCACGACUGCAACGGGCAGGUGCUCGCCCUGCCCAGUGAGUUCUUUCUGCGAAUCGACAGCCACAAGGAGGACUCGGCCGAGUAUGAUGAAGAUGUGGAGAACAGCUGCUGCCUGCGCCUGCGCAAGGUGCUGGAGCCCUACAAGCCCGCGUGGUGUCGGAGCCGGGAGCCCUGGGCCCUGUACCUCUUCUCCCCGCAGAACAGGUUCCGGGUCUCCUGUCAGAAGAUCAUCGCCCACAAGAUGUUCGAUCACGUCGUCCUGGUGUUCAUCUUCCUCAAUUGCAUCACCAUCGCCCUGGAAAGGCCUGACAUCGACCCCAGCAGCACCGAGCGUGUCUUCCUCAGCGUCUCCAACUACAUCUUCACGGCGAUUUUUGUGGCUGAGAUGAUGGUGAAGGUCGUGGCCCUGGGCCUGGUCUCCGGCGAUCACGCCUACCUGCAGAGCAGCUGGAACGUGCUGGACGGGCUGCUGGUCCUGGUGUCCCUGGUCGACAUCGUGGUAGCCAUGGCCUCCGCCGGUGGCGCCAAGAUCCUGGGCAUCCUGCGAGUGCUGCGCCUGCUAAGGACGCUGCGGCCGCUGAGGGUCAUCAGCCGUGCUCCAGGCCUCAAGCUGGUGGUGGAGACUCUGAUAUCGUCACUCAGGCCCAUCGGGAACAUCGUCCUCAUCUGCUGCGCCUUCUUCAUCAUCUUCGGCAUCCUGGGGGUGCAGCUCUUCAAGGGGAAGUUUUAUUACUGCGAAGGCGCCGAUACCAGGAACAUCUCCACCAAGGCCGAGUGCCGGGCGGCGCGCUACCGCUGGGUGCGGCGAAAGUACAACUUCGACAACCUGGGCCAGGCGCUGAUGUCCCUGUUCGUGCUCUCCUCCAAGGACGGCUGGGUGAACAUUAUGUAUGACGGGCUGGACGCCGUGGGCAUAGAUCAGCAGCCGGUGCCCAACCACAACCCGUGGAUGCUGCUCUACUUCAUCUCCUUCCUGCUCAUCGUCAGCUUCUUCGUGCUCAACAUGUUCGUGGGCGUCGUGGUGGAGAACUUCCACAAGUGCCGGCAGCACCAGGAGGCCGAGGAGGCGCGGCGGCGCGAGGAGAAGCGGCAGCGGCGCCUGGAGAGGAAACGCAGGAGCACCUUCCCCAGCCCAGAGGCCCAGCGCCGGCCCUACUAUGCGGACUACUCGCCCACCCGCCGGUCCAUCCACUCGCUGUGCACCAGCCACUACCUUGACCUCUUCAUCACCUUCAUCAUCGGGGUCAACGUCAUCACCAUGUCCAUGGAACACUACAACCAGCCCAAGUCGCUGGACGAGGCCCUGAAGUACUGCAACUACGUGUUCACCAUCGUCUUUGUCUUUGAGGCCGUGCUGAAGCUGGUGGCUUUUGGGUUCCGGAGGUUCUUCAAGGACAGGUGGAACCAGCUGGACCUGGCCAUAGUGCUGCUGUCCAUCAUGGGCAUCACGCUGGAGGAGAUCGAGAUGAACGCGGCCCUGCCCAUCAACCCCACCAUCAUCCGCAUCAUGCGUGUGCUCCGCAUCGCCCGCGUGCUGAAACUGCUCAAGAUGGCCACAGGCAUGCGGGCCCUGCUGGACACGGUGGUUCAAGCCCUGCCCCAGGUAGGGAACCUCGGCCUACUUUUCAUGCUCCUGUUUUUUAUCUAUGCUGCCCUGGGGGUGGAGCUGUUUGGGAGGCUCGAGUGCAGUGACGACAACCCCUGUGAGGGCCUGAGCCGGCAUGCCACCUUCUCCAACUUCGGCAUGGCUUUCCUCACGCUGUUCCGCGUGUCCACGGGGGACAACUGGAACGGGAUCAUGAAGGACACGCUGCGGGAGUGCGCCCGCGAGGACAAGCACUGCCUCACGUACCUGCCAGCCAUCUCCCCCAUCUACUUCGUCACCUUCGUGCUGGUGGCACAGUUCGUGCUGGUCAACGUGGUGGUGGCCGUGCUCAUGAAGCACUUGGAGGAGAGCAACAAGGAGGCCCGCGAGGACGCCGAGCUGGACGCCGAGCUGGAGCUGGAGGUGGCGCGAGGCGCCCCCGCCCGCCCCAGGCCCGCGGCCCCGCAGAGCCCGGACGCCCCCGGCCUCCUGGUCGUGCGCAAGGUGUCUGUGUCCCGGAUGCUGUCCCUGCCCAACGACAGCUACAUGUUCCGGCCCGUGGCGCCCGCCUCCGCCCCACACCCUCGCCCGCUGCCGGAAGCGGAUGCGGAAACCUGCUCGGGUCCUGCCCCGGGUCUGUCCACCUCUGCACACUCCCUGCCCGCGGAGCCCUGCACCUCCCUCCGGGUCUCUUCGGCCGCACCAUCCCCAGCCAGGGACACCGACGCCCUCGGUGCCCUGUCCCCUCGGGGCGCAACCCGCUCCCCCAGCCUCAGCCGACUGCUCUGCAGACAGGAGGCCGUGCGCACCAGCUCCCUGGAAGGGCAGAUGGCCGGCCCCAGGGAUGGUGGCCCAGGCUGGGCGGAGCCCGGCGGGAAGACCCCCGUGAGGCAGGCGUCCCUGGGGGCCUCCGUACGGUCCCCACCCCGUUCCCCGAGGCCCGCCAGCGUCCGCGCCCGCAAGCACACUUUUGGGCAGCGCUGCGUCUCCGGUAGGCCGCCGGCCCCAGGAGGGGAGGAGGCCGAGGCCCCGGACCCUGCCGACGAGGAGGUCAGCCACAUCACCAGCUCGGCGCAGAGCCCCUCGGCCUCCCCCGAUGCCCCGGGAGCGGGCGGUGAGCCGGACCUGCACGGGUUCUGCGGCGUCGACGCCCAGGGCUUCCGGGGGCAGCCGGGCCAGGCGGAUGAGCAGAGGCGGCCCUCGGCGGAGCAGGGAGGAGGGGACGGCCGCUCGGAGGUCCGGGAGGUGAAGACCCGGGUCCCGGAGGCGGAGCCCCCCUCGGGGGCCCGCAGGAAGAAGAAGAUGAGCCCCCCCUGCAUCUCCGUAGACCCCCCCGCAGAGGACGAGGGCACCGCGCGGCCCCCGGCGGCAGAGGGCAGCGGCACUCUGAGACGACGAACCCCGUCCUGUGAGGCCACGCCACACAGGGACUCCCUGGAGCCCGUGGAGGGGGCGGGGGCGGACAUGGCCGCCAAGGGGGAGCGGCGCGCACAGGCGGCCUGCCGCGCAGAGCACCUGACCGUCCCCAGCUUCGCCUUUGAGCCGCUGGACGUGGGGGGCCCUGGCGGAGACCUGUUUGCGGACAGCGGCCACAGCGUGGCCCCUGAACCCAGAGCUUCCCUUUCGGGGGCCACAGUGCCUCCUGAACCCCACAAAACAGAGCCUCCCGUGCUCUCCAGCGACCCCCCAGAGAAGGGACGGGGGCUGCACCUCAAAGUCCUCCAGAGCCCCCCAAAGAAAGCGGGGUCCCCCCCGGCCACCCCCAUCCCGGGUGACCACGUAGACAAGCCCGUGUAGCUGAGGGCACGGUGCCACACAGGUUUUAGCACUGGGGUUGGGGCGCACCCGGCAGGGUGGUGGCCCCGGGCAGGGCUGCGCGUGGACCCCAGCUCAGGCCCUGCGGAGGCAGAGGAGCCCGGGAGGCCGUCCGCCCAGGGAGAGGGAGGCAGACGCCGGGUCUGGACGAAGCAGAACAAGGGGUAGCCGUCGGCCUGGGAGCCUCCGGCCGGUGCGCUCGGGUUUGGGUUUUCCCAGCUCCGUCAAGGCGGUCUGAGGCCUGGUCAGCGGUCCCCUCGCGACCGCUGCAUCCCUGGGACAAAGACCAGAAAACGACCAAAAAGAGGAAGUCGGAGGCUGCCCAGCAGAGCCCCGUCCUCACACCCACUUACUUUUCUAGGGAACACGUGCUCGGGGCCACCUGUGCUCUGGUUGGUGGCAGCUCGGUCCCCGAGGCCACCACGGCCACGCUUCACUGUUGCUCACGGUCUGAGUCCUCACCUGUUUGUCCCCCCUCCUCGUCCCCCUCUGUCCGCCUCCGCUCCCGGGCCCGCUGCCCAGCAUCCGUGUUGGGGCGAUAGAGGCACGCUCGCGUCCCCAGGGAGUGGGGUCCAUGCAAUAAGCCGGCGCCUCUGCUGGCGGCCCCGCCCGGGCUGGGAGGUUGCAGCAAAGCCCCUGCGGUUCGCGGACGUUUCUUUUACAAAUUCAGGUUAAACGUUGCAAUAAUCUGA